ACGACGCCACAUGGUCUCGUCUGGGAAGUGCGUCUCCACCAUAUCUUCUUCCACUACCUGAAGACCUGGCUUUUCUUGGAUCUAGCCACCUUGAUCCCCUUCGACUUUCUGACCGUCACGCUGCAGGAUUUCGUUGGCCUGAAAGUGAUCCGAUCUCUGCGGCUCAUGAAGCUCAUGCGGAUCAUGAAAUCGUCCAAGGUGUUCCAGGAUUUUGAGGCGCCCCUUGCAAUUCCGUACCAGAAGAUAGCACUGCUGAAGUUCAUGGUGGUUCUGCUCUUCAUCUGCCAUUGGUUUGCCUGUGGCUGGGCGGUGACUUUGUCGACGGUGGACGCGUUCUACCCUCGUUGGAUUGAUGGCAUCCAGGAGGCUGACAGCGCCUACGGCAUCGUGACCACGGACUCUCCAUUUCGGAUCUAUGUAGCUGCUUUCUACUUUUGCAGCUAUACCAUCACAUCAGUUGGCUACGGGGAUAUCGUCCCGCAGAACGUCCUCGAACGUGGUGUGCAGUCGUUGAUGCGACGGAUGAGCCCACAGCUACAGGCCGAGGUCUCUGCCAUGACGAACAUGUUGUGGCUGGAGAAAGUGAGUUUCUUCAAGUCCUUCAUGAGCUUCAUCGAGCAGCAACGGAGUCUCGGGGAGUACACCGCUCCCAACGAAGCUUGCGUGGCAGACAUUGCAAAGUCGCUCCGUUUGGUUGCAUUUGCCCAACAGGAGACAUUCCACAACGUGCAAGUCUUGUACAUCCUUUCGAAGGGUCUGGUCGCCCUGAACAGCCGUGUUGGAGCGCUCGGUGAGGUUUGGGGUGAGGAUUUCGUGUUGUCGGACACCUCCCUGAUCCGGCCGGUGGCUGGUUAUGCGCUCACGUACCUGGAGCUGCUGAGCCUCACGCGCGAGGACUUCAUGCAAGUCAUCCAGACAAGGCGCAUUACUUGCCCAGAGCUCUUCCGACUUGUGCGGCGCUAUUGUGUACGGAUCGCCGUGUACCGUGGCAUUUUGGCGGAAGCGAGGCGUCGGCAGCUGUACAGAAACCAAGCAAACGCCGGGACCAAGGGUUCGUCCGCCUCUCCAGCGCCCGGAGCUGAAGCACCGCAGGGCGGCCAGGCGGGCCAGGCGGGCCAGGCGCAGCAGGCGCAGCCUGUGCCCCCUAAAGCAGAGAUGCCUGUGCUCUGCAGCUCGCUGAGCCUUCCAGGCACGGUCGAGAUUUGGGACUCCGCAUUUUAA